AUGCUAAAGAGCUUUCGCAUUGCAUAUAAAUAUGCUAUAAAAACACUUAAGCGUAUAAAAUCAAUUGACUCGUACAGUUUUGAUCCUUACCAAAUAGCUAAAAUAGAAGAUGUUUUCUCGCUGUGCAUAAUUAACUAUUUAGAUGCAGAAGUAUUGGUGUCUAGCUCUAUUAGUAGCCUUAAAAAUAAGAUCGAAAGUGCACUAUAUGAGCAUGCGCCCUUAAAGAAUAACACAUCUCCUAGUACGUUUAGAUUAAAUGCAACAAUUCCUACCGAUAAGAAAAAGAUAAACCUGCUUAAAAACCUUGUUUCUUUGUUGGAUAGUGAAAAAGAGUUGUGUGCUUUAAAAAAAAUUAGUGUGCAUAAAAUAAUAAAUGGUAUCCAGCCAGUGAAAAAAGGAUACCUUUCAAUUUCAUAUUCCACAUACGUUGAUAAAGUAUUAAAAAACAAUAAAGCGAUUAAUAAAAAGUUAAGAGAAUAUCGAUUAGAAUUAAAAAGUUUAUAA